AUGGCCUCGCUCGUCGGCGCAAACUACGAUUCAUCAGGCGAUGAAUCCGACAAACACACAACAACUUCCUUUACACCAGCGACAAAUCUAGUCGCCGCCCCGGAAGUCAAUAUAGAGGAUCCUACUAACCUACAACUAAUCGCCGGCACUGGAUCAUCAACCGCUCUGACCUAUAAUGCUAGAUACGACGACCUAACGCGCCCGGCCCAAGGUCCCGUGAACCCAUUCAAACCCAACGGCGUUGGUAACGGGCUUAAACGUAAAAAUGUGCCGACGGGAUUCGCAGAAGAGGCAGCUAUCAGCGAAGCGACGUUUACAGCGCAACAUCAUAUCUUCCAGAGUCUUGGAUAUACGCGUGACCCUACCAGGCCAGAUGCCUUUGUAGGAGAUUUGGCGCGAGCAGCACAGUAUGGUGGCCGAGAUUUUGUGCAGAUGAAACCAUCGAAAGAAGUGUCGGCGGCGUUGAGACGAAAAAGACAGAAAAAGGGAGAUGCGAGUAUUGUUGAUGGUGAGGGGGCGUACAAAGGUCCCUGGGCGAGGUAUGAAAAUGAUGAUCAGGUUUAUGAAGAGGAGGCUGCCGAUGAGGGAUAUGAGCUUGCGAGUGAUGAGGAGUUUGUGGAGGAGGAAGAAGAAAUUCCAGGGAAAUUGCCGGCUCUGGCGACUGAUUAUCAGGAUGAUGCGUCGCAGACGGAGACAACGGAGUUUCAUGGCAGUGAACAGUUUGAUUACCUUGGACGGACAUAUAUGCACGUUCCUCAAGAUCUCGAUAUCGAUCUUCGCAAAGAACCAGGCAGCGUCAAGAAUUUCAUCCCCCGGAAAUUGGUGCAUUCCUGGAAAUCGCACACAAAGCCCAUUACUUCGCUCCGCUUCUUCCCGAAAUUCGGUCACUUGCUGCUCUCAUCUGCAGCAGACGGCAAAGCCAAGAUUUGGGAUGUAUACCACCAACGCGAACUAUUACGUACCUACUCUGGCCAUUCAAAAUCGAUCAGUGACACCACUUUCCACCCUACGGGCAAAACAUUUCUCACAGCCUCGUACGAUCGACAGAUCAAAUUGUGGGAUACGGAGUAUGGUAAAUGCAUCUCGCGAUUCAGCACGGGGAAAACACCACAUGUCGUCCGCAUCAACCCUGAUCCGGAGCACAACCACGAGUUUUUGGCAGGCAUGUCGGACAAGAAGAUCGUCCAAUUCGACACUCGUACAGGCGAAAUGGUGCAAGAGUACGACCACCAUCUAGCUGCCGUCAAUACCAUCACUUUUGUCGACAACAAUCGCCGAUUCAUCACAACAUCAGACGACAAAUCCCUCCGAGCAUGGGAAUACGGCAUCCCCGUACCCAUCAAAUACAUCGCCGAAGCAGACAUGUUCGCCAUGGUUCGCGCAGCUCCCCACCCCUCGGGGAAAUACGUUGCCUUCCAAUCCGGUGACAAUCAAAUCGUCGUCUAUGCCGCAACCGAUAAAUUCCGCCAAAACAGGAAAAAGGGAUUCCGCGGCCACAAUACUGCUGGAUAUGCAAUCGACAUUGCAUUCUCCCCAGAUGGCCAGUUUUUGGCUAGUGGUGAUUCGGGUGGCUACGCUUGUUUCUGGGAUUGGAAGACAGGGAAGAUGUAUCAUAAGCUUCAGGCCGGUGGGAAGGAUGGGUUGGCAGUUACGUGUCUUGAUUGGCAUCCUCAGGAGACGAGUAAAGUUGUCACUGGUGGGUUGGAGGGAGUUAUUAAGUAUUGGGAUUAG